UUUACCCGAUAUCGAAGCAUAAUCAGCCAUAAAGAAAUGUUAAAUACUUUGGAAUAUGCAGCCGAUAAAUGUUAUGAAACAUUUUAUGCAUUAAAAUGCAUCGAUAUAACAGUACAUUGCCCACAAUUAAUAAACAUAAAAUCUCCACCCUAUGGUUUAACACCUUUUCAUCGUGUCUGUUUCCAAGGUCAUAAAUGUUUAAUUACAUUUAUGCUAGCAAAGGGUGCAGAUCCUUUCAUUACUACAAUAACAGGAGAAAAUGCUUUAUGUAUGAUUACUUAUUAUAUUCUUAAUAAUCCAGCAGAAAAUGAUUUCUCUUGUCUUCAAAUGCUUGCAGACACUGGAUGUAAAUUUGGUUUUAAAGAUAAGUGGUAUAAUAGUAUAUUAAAAAUGGCAUUUACUAGAAAUCAUACAAAAUUAGUACAGUGGUUACUUUUAUACUAUAAAAACAUCACACAUAAUCCUUUACGAUGUUCUUCUACACCACCAAUGUGA